GUAGUUCAAAUUUUCCCUCCAGAAUGGCGCACGGCAUGGCUUGCAGCUGAUGAGACUGUUUUUGUUUUACAGAAAUUUUAUUUUUCGAGUUCUUUUGCUGGAAUUCUGAUUUACACACUAAAUUUAUCGUGAUUGACCGCUUACUAUCUUUAAAAUAGAGCUGUAACCUAACAAACGAAGUAAACGAACGCGUCGAACCCAUCACAGGCUCAAAUCUGAAAAAAUCAUGUUUGUUUGAGGACAACAUCUUCCAGCAGACAUGAUUUCGUCAAAGUUUCCGCACAAUUUAAGGCCACAAACGUAUCUGCUCUUAGCCAGAAGUUACAGUAAAACAAGCUGUGUUCCUCAGCCUGGUGAGAGCACUCCGUCGGCAAGAGAUGUCAACGCAAAGUCGAAGGGAAUUAAAGUGUCCAAGAAGCGGAAGUUCAAUGUUACGAAAGUGCUGGACGAAUUUAAAGCUCUUGGCGAAAGUUCAUUAGAACCGUCCUUGAACAAUGAAUUGUUUGCAUCCAUCAAUAAAACGCAUUACACGGAAAGAAGAAAUGAAGUCAACAUUGAAAUGUUGCCAGAGCCUCUUUUCAAAAAGAUUUUUGGCAACGACAAAGGUGUGCCUCAGUCAGCAAUCAAACUCAAGCUGGCUAGAGAACAUCUGCAGAAACACGACCUGUUGGAAAAAGUCGAUCCGCCUCUCCCUCAAAUCAACUUCCCACUACCUGCUCUGAAGGGAAAGAAUAUCGAGGAGCACUUUUUCCGCAUAGCUGAAGAGCAAAGUGUUGCCUAUCGAGAGCUACUGAAGCAACUUACGAGUUCCAAUAUCCCAAAUUUACCUGAGAGAUGGUCAACUGCAGCAGGCUGGACAAAAUAUGCCCUUCACAGACCACCUGAACCAGUCCCUUUUCCUGAUGAAGACUGCCUUGUUUUUGAUAUUGAAGAGUGCAUGGGUGCUGGUCUGGGACCAACAAUGGCAGUUGCUUUGGCACCAGGAGGCUGGUACGCCUGGGUUGCGACACCUUUGGCCCAAGUGCUUGACGGAGGAGCGAUUCCUCCUCCGAAGGAGCACUUGAGUCCUCUCGAUCUCAUCAAUCUUGAAACACCGCCCGACUGCAAAGUUCAUCGUUCCGAGUCAAAACCAAAAGUUGUCGUUGCUCACAAUGCAUCUUUUGAUCGGGCAAGGGUCAAAGAGCAAUACUGGCUGAAGCCCAGUCUCACUCGUUUUGUGGACACUAUGUCCUUGCAUGUGUGUGUCAGCGGAAUCAGCAGUUUUCAAAAAAGCCAACUUGUCAGCAAGAAAGCAACAGCCGACGAUGAGGUUCAUUUUGAGAAUAUUCCCGGAGAAGAAUGGAAAGAGCAGAGCUCACUUAGUAAUCUCAGCGAUGUCCACAAACUAUACUGCGGGGGCAAAGGCCUGGACAAAACGGCCAGAGACCUUUUUGUUAAAGGCAACCUCUCGGAUAUUGCUGAGAACUUUCAGGAAUCGAUGAAGUAUUGCGCCUUAGAUGUGAAAGCUACUCACGAGGUUUUGCAGAAGGUGUGGUCGCUGUUCCUACAAAGAUUUCCACAUCCAGCUACCUUUGCAGGCAUGCUGGAAAUGUCUGUUGCUUAUUUACCAGUUAGUAAUGCGUGGAAAGAUUAUGUGGCAUCGUCAAACGAGAGCUAUGAAAAGGUUGAGGUGCAAAUCAAACAAAAUCUCUGCUCAGCUGCCGACGAAGCUUGCGCUCUCCUGCACAACGAGCAGUACAAGGAUGAUCCGUGGCUCUGGGAUCUAGACUGGAGCACACAAGAACUGAAGCUGAAAAAGUUUGCAUCAAAGGCUACCGAUCUAGAUUGGGACAAAGAAGACCAAACUGAUCCUCUGGCGCAGAAAUUCCGGUAUCUUGUCCAGUUAAGGGCUUAUUUGCCAUCAAGACUGCCACACUUGCCAGGGUACCCAGCAUGGUACAGAGCCUUGUGCCCACGUAUUAAUUCCGCAGACUGGGUGUCGGAAGGAGCAACACUGAUUUCUCCAAGCAUGUUAGUGACACCAAAAUUACUUCGGCUCUCAUGGGAAGGAUAUCCUCUGCACAAAGUGAAGGAUCAAGGCUGGGGAUUCUUAAUUCCAGGUCGGCCUCCUUCAUACCUUGAUUCGACAGAAAGUCCCGCUUCUCCCGAGGAAAAAAUUAUAGAAGUAUGCAAGAGAAACCAAGCUCUCCUGCCAAUCACCCAAAUGGAGAUCAAUGAAGAGUUUGAAAUGAAAAUGUCAAAGAUUGGCUCCCGUAAAAAACACAGCAUUCAGCCUCCAAAAUGGUACAAGGGAUUGGGCUUAUUCUGCCCAGACGUAGCAAUCCCAGGCCUUUGGUUUAUGCGUCUGCCCCAUCCAGGAGGGACACACCUCAAGGUGGGCAAUCCUCUGUCCAAGGAAUUUGUGACCAGAUUUUCCGAGGGCACUUUGAAAGGAGAGGGCGAACCUGGCAAAGUGCUGCACUUGAGCAACACUAGUUCCUAUUGGAAAAACAAUCGCGAGCGAAUAGAAUCCCAGCAAGUUGUUUGGCUUGACAAAGAAUCCCUCCCACAUUGUGUUUCCAGAGUUAAAAGCAAGCAGUUCGGAGCAAUUUUGCCGCAGUUGAUUGUGGCGGGCACCUUGACAAGACGUGCCGUUGAAAGUACUUGGCUCACUGCCUCAAACGCAGAUUCUCAACGCAUAGGCUCCGAAUUAAGGGCAAUGGUGCAUGCACCCCCUGGCUACCAUAUGGUUGGUGCUGAUGUCGAUUCACAGGAAUUGUGGCUUGCCGCUUUGCUGGGAGACGCAUCUUUUGCAGGGGUUCACGGAGCAACUGCUUUUGGCUGGAGAACCUUGCAAGGGAAGAAAUCUUUGGGAACGGAUUUGCACAGCGCCACAGCUAAAGCAGCUGGCGCUUCAAGACAGCACGCAAAAAUAAUGAAUUAUGCGCGCAUUUACGGCGCCGGUCAGAAUUUUGCACAGCUGCUUUUGAAAAGAUUUUGUCCAGAGAUGAGUGAAGAGCAGUGCAGGAAGGCUGCAAUCAACACUUUAACUCUCACAAAAGGAAAGAGACUCUUUUCCAUCCCUGUGCAAGCCUUUAGAAUUCUUUUCGACAAACAGCUUUUAACUGCAGAGGACAAAUCAAGUGACAAGCUUUUUAGCACAUCUCUAGGAAAUAAGUUUGGCUUUAUCAGUGAUGCCGGUGAAAUUUUACUUACAAAACCCGAACUCGACAUGCUGCGGGGAUUCGAAAAGGCUAGUGGAGUGAAGUGGAUACAAAGCGCAAGUGCAAAGGCUCGAUCGGUUUGGCAUGGAGGCACUGAAUCAGCCAUGUUCAACAAACUCGAGGACAUUGCAAAUUCCCCAUGUCCUGCUACCCCAUUCUUGUCAGCACGGCUCAGUAGGGCACUGGAGCCAAAGACUGUUGGCACUUUCAAUUUUCUAACUACCAGAGUGAAUUGGGUCGUUCAGAGCAGCGCUGUAGACUUCCUGCAUCUUAUGCUUAUAAGCAUGCGAUGGCUUCUUGGCGACCAUGCCGACUUUCGAUUUGUGCUCAGCUUUCAUGACGAGGUCAGGUACCUUGUGCAGUCCGCCAGAAGGUAUGAGGCUGCAACGGCUCUCCAUGCCACAAAUCUGUUAGUACGCUCGUUUUGUGCACGACGAGUUGGAAUUCAUGAUCUCCCUCACUCGGUGGCUUUCUUCUCUGGCGUCGAAGUGGACAAAGCAAUGCGCAAGGAUGCCACUAGCGAAUGUGUUACCCCAUCGAACCCCAAUGGUAUGUCUGUCACCUACGGCAUUCCUCAAGGAGAGACUUUGGAUGUUUAUCAAGCACUUGAGAAAGUAGGAUCAAAUCCAUUCAAAAGAUUGACUAGGAGAAAGUUCAGUAUUUACGAGUACUGUGGACUACACGAAGACUUCACGAAUGAAUAUUCAAAGUGAAAUGACAUUCAUGUUUGCUAAAAUUCGUUUUUUGCCUGAUUUUAUUGAGCAGAAUAAAAAAAUAUCAAUACACA